UCUCCAGUUGAAUCUACGUCAAUAGAAUCUAUACCCUCUAGCACUCUACCACCCGAGUCUCCAAUAGGAUCUACUCGAACUGGAACAACUCCAACAGAAUCAGAACCUACUCCAACAACAUCUAUACCACCAAAAUCAAUACCACCCGAGUCUACAUCCCCUGAGUCUACACUAACAGAACCUACUCCAACAGCCCCUACGCUACCAGAAUCUCUACCCUCAGAAUCAACGCCACCUGAAUCUAUACCCCCUGGGUCUACAGCAUCCGAAACACCAAGUAUACAGGCCACGAACGAACCCCCCCAAAUCACCGAGGGCCGUACCAGUCCCCCUGAAAGUCCCCAGGAGCCAACCAAGGCUGCCAGUGAGACCAUUGGUAGCCCUGAUGUCACGCAACCUGGUAUCACGGACCAGGGGACAGCCAUUAGGCCUACUUCUACUUCUAGCCCCGCAGGCGAAAUAGACCUCCAAGACGCUGUUCUGGGUCCAAACGCAAGGUUUAUCUUAAUCGGCGGUGAGCCAGCAAUUCUGCUGACAGCCCCACCUAACGGCGAGGCAUCCUUCAGUCUCAACAUAAGUUUACCACCAAAUAUCACGCCCGGGGAACUCGUCAACCUGCUAGCAUCAAUCAGAGUUGAGUCUAAUGGGACGUCCAUGCCACGAGACAGGUCUCUCUUCAAGCGCGAAAUGACUGGCUCUCGUCUCCGGAUGAUUCUGGAUGAGAAGUCUAUCUAUGAUAAAGAACUUGAGACUACUGGCGUAUCAAAAUGGUCCAGAGGUCUGGGAGUAACCCAGUGGCUCUUACAGUUCGUGGCCUCUCGCUUGUAA